GAAUCCGGUUGGCGAUUUGCACCGCAGAGAGAUGUAAACGGGACGGGAACAAAGAAGCCAACACAACUAUAAAUUCACUUCUCGGCGGAAAGGCGGAGAAGUCACUAACUUCGUCUUCCACAACUAAAACUAAGAGGGGACUUCUAUUCUACGUCGAUUCUGCUUCUCUUCUGCUUCUUCGUCCGAUUCUACCUUCUCCCUGCUGCUUUUCGUUGACGAUGGGAAGAGGAAAGUACAAGAGCAAGCCCACCGGUCGGCGCCAAUUCUCUACCCCUGAAGACAUGCUUGCCGGAACCUCCACGCGUCCACGCACGUUCAAACAGGUAGAAGCUGAACACAAGGAGGAGGAAGAAUCUGAGGAAGGAUCCGAACAAGAAUCGGGAGAUGAAACUGAUGAUGAGGAUAAACCUAGAAGGAAAGGCACUCAAGGUAUUAUUGAGAUUGAAAAUCCUAACUUGGUGAAGCCAAAAACCUUGAAAGCUAGAGAUAUUGAUAUUGGGAAAACAACUGAACUUUCAAGGCGUGAAAGAGAGGAGAUAGAGAAACAAAAGGCUCAUGAGCGAUACAUGAGGCUUCAAGAACAAGGGAAAACUGAACAAGCUAGGAAAGAUUUAGAACGUUUGUCUCUUAUUCGUCAACAAAGGGCAGAAGCUGCUAAAAAAAGAGAAGAAGAAAAGGCUGCCAAAGAACAGAAGAAAGCAGAAGCUCGCAAAUGAGCUCCGGGACCCUCCGAGUUCUUUUCUCUGGGACGAAAGACAUGUAAUCUCUACAAUUUUACUUUCUAGUUUGCCUAGACUAAUAUUGUCAGCAACCAAGUUAUAUUCUCUUAUUUGGCACAGAAGUGACCAUAGUAUUAAGCCGUUUUACAUUUAUAAUUUACGCAAGUAUACUUCUUAUAUCUCUACGGCAUAAGAGGUUUGAUUCAAUAUGACUUUAAUAUUAGGUUAUAACCUUUAUUCUCUA